AUGGGCAAGCUAGUCACCGUCCUCCUGUUCGCGCUGCUUGCAACGGGGGUGCACGGCCGGCGGGAGCUGCCCAAGCCAACCUGCACCACCAACGCCAUCUGCCUGGGCUGCCUGAAGGACAAGUGCAGCCAGUGCGCAGGAGGCUACUCGCUGGAUUCCAAGGGCGUCUGCGUGCAGGUGCGGGGGGCGGAGAGCGUGGUGGUGGUGGUGGAUGCAUGCAGGUGA